CACAGUAAAUAAAUCAAAUUAUUCUUCAUCUUUAUCAUCUGUAAUAUGAUGAAGAAAUGAAAGUGUGUUCACAGAAUAAACUUGACACCAGUCGUUGUGAUCUUCAUGAUGAUGAUGAUGAUGAUGAUGAUGAUGGAGGGGCGGGUCGAGUGAUGAAGCUCAACAACAACCAGAUCCGCGAUCCAGAGCAGCAGAACAGACGGACACAUGUGAAGAACACACACUCCACCUGACAGAGUUUAAAGAGUUAUGAACUUGUGCUGAAGUUCGAAGAUCUUUGUGGAUUUACUGUGAAACUGCGACCUUUGUCCGUCGGAUCCUGCUGGAGACACAGUGAGAUGGGCAGUAAAGCUUUACCGGCCCCGGUCCCGCUCCAUCCGUCCCUGCAGCUCAACUGCUCGUUCCUGCAGGCGGUCAACUCUUUCCCCGCGGCCGUGGAUCAUCUGUACGGGCUCGGUUCGGUCCAGACGAUGCAGAUGAACCACUGGACUCUGGGUUACCCUCACUUUCAGGGCCUCGUGGACCCUCGAUUUCCGUUCGCCGCGCAUCUGUUCCAGCACAAACACGGAUCCGUGACGCGCGUCAUUCCCGCGCUGUACAAGGACAGACCCCGGUUCGACUUCGCCAAUCUCGCCGUGGCGGCCACGCAGGAGGAUCCACCCAAAGCCGGCGAGCUCUCCAAACUGAGCGCCGAGCUGAGUAAACUGUCCCCGGACAGAAAGCCCACGCGGGGCAGACUGCCGUCCAAAAGCAAAAAGGAAUUUAUUUGUAAGUUUUGCGGGCGACACUUCACCAAAUCCUACAACCUGCUGAUCCACGAGCGCACGCACACGGACGAGCGGCCGUACACCUGCGACAUCUGCCACAAGGCCUUCAGGAGACAAGACCACCUGAGAGACCACCGGUAUAUUCACUCCAAAGAGAAACCGUUCAAAUGUCAAGAGUGCGGGAAGGGCUUUUGUCAGUCGCGAACUUUGGCUGUUCAUAAAACGUUGCAUAUGCAGGAAUCACCUCACAAAUGCCCCACAUGCGGAAGAACCUUUAAUCAAAGAAGUAACCUGAAAACUCACCUUCUCACCCAUACAGACCUCAAGCCUUUCUCCUGCGGCCGCUGCGGGAAGGUGUUUCGGCGCAACUGUGACCUGCGACGCCACAGUUUGACACACACACCGCAUCAGGACUAACACACACACCGCAUCAGGACUAACACACACACACACACACACACACACACCGCAUCAGGAUUAACACACACACACACACACACAACGCAUCAGGACUAACACACACACACACACACACACACACACACCGCAUCAGGACUACACACACACACACACACCGCAUCAGGAUUAACACACACACACACACACCGCAUCAGGACUAACACACACACACACACACACACACACCGCAUCAGGACUAACACACACACACACACACACACACACACCGCAUCAGGACUAACACACACACACACACACACACACACAACGCAUCAGGACUAACACACACACACACACACACACACACACACCGCAUCAGGACUAACACACACACACACACACACACACACACACACACCGCAUCAGGAUUAACACACACACACACACACACAGACACACACCGCAUCAGGAUUAACACACACACACACACACACCGCAUCAGGACUAACACACACACACACACACACACCGCAUCAGGAUUAACACACACACACACACACACCGCAUCAGGACUAACACACACACACCGCAUCAGGACUAACACACACACACACACACACACACACACACACACACACACCGCAUCAGGACUAACACACACACACACACACACCGCAUCAGGACUAACACACACACACACACACACACACACACACACACACACACACCGCAUCAGGACUAACACACACCCACACAAACACACACACUGAUCUAGAGCCUCUUGUACAUGCCGACAUGUUUCAUGGACAACAAACGCUGAGACAUCAAGGACAGGAUUGCACCUGAACAGACUCUAUGUAAAUAAAAUGUGUUAUUAUUUUUAUUAUUGGCUCGGCAUCAGAUCUCAUGGAUGUGUGUGAACUAACAGUUUAAAACAACAUCGGGGGAAAUUCCUGGAGAAUGAAGCAGGACUGUUUACAGCCUCAACAUGAGCACAGGAUUGAGAACUCACACAUGUUUCAUCCAAAGACAAUAAAAUAUGAUUGAGAAAACUCUCGCGCAUGUUUUGUUCAUAAAAUGUCCUUUUAUUUGAAUUAUGCCAUUUUGUGCUUGCAAGCAUUUUAAAUGUAUUUAUAAUUCACUAAAUAUGAGCAGAGUUAUGAAAUGGAAACUUUCGUUUUAUUAUAAUAGCUAUAGUUAUUAUUAAUAUGAUAAUGAUUACAGUGUUCUGACCCGAAACCUGAAUGAUAGUGUCAAAUCUUAUUUAAAAAGGAUGAAAUCACUCACAUUUUAAAGAUAAAAGUGUGUGUGUGUGUGAGAGAGACUCGUCCUAAAUCGUCAUUGAUGUGUCUUUUCUACGCGUUUCUUUAAACAGGCACUUUAAUGUGGAUUUAUUUCUUGGUGCCAGAAUUUAUAAGAAGAAAUAAUCCAAAUUAAACCAAUAUUGACACAAAUGCUCUUGUAAACGUUUCUGUGAAAACAACAUAUUUCGUUUAUUUUUCUUUGCGUAAAAUACAAAUGUUGCUGAAUUGAACAAAGUAACUGUUUGUAAUUUGGGGUGUAGAUAUUUUUCGCUUAAUUCUUCAGAAUAACCUGCUUUUCGUUGAAUAAUCACGUGAACAAGUACACAGAAAACACAGCAGACCGUCAGAUCGGAACCAGAACAAGUGAAUAGAAUUAAUAUCCACACAAGAAUAUUAUUAACAUAUCAGUGUUUAUUCAAACAAUUCAAUUUUUACACAUUCUACAUCCGUAAUUCUGCGUUCUAUUUAAUGUACGCAUAGCUCAUAUUUUGUAUUAUUCUAUUUUUCUUAAUGUGCAUUAUUUAAUUUAGGCUAUAUUUAUAUAAUUGGAUCCUG